GCUUCAGCAUCAGUCCUUCCAAUGAAUAGUCAAAACUGAUUUCCUUUAGGAUUGACUGGUUUGAUCUUCUUGUAGUCCAAGAGACUCUCAAGAGUCUUUCAACACUACAGUUCUGACUUAACACCACAGAAACACUUCAAGGAGGCAAAAACAGUAGGUCAGGAGCCCGCCCCUCUUCUCCUUUUCAACCGCUUCUCAUUUCUCCCGGGAGGAACCCGGGUGGGCCCAGCAGCUUGGAGUGUCCCCUUGGCAACCUGAGAACGCGCAGAGAGGGGCCCAGGGGGCGGGGCUUGUCGGGCGGUGGCCGCAAGCGGGUUUGGCUCGCUGGGGCUGGGCGCGGGCCGCCCGCAUCCUCUUCCAUCUUCUGGAAGGUGACUGGCGUCCGGCAGUCAAGCAGCGGGAGCUCUGGGCCCCCAAUGGAGAGCCAAGAGUUUUCCGGUCCUUCUGGGCUGUCCGAUGGGCACCACACGGCAGAAACAUCCGCUCUCUCCGAAGCCCUCCAGAAGCCCCUUGUCAGGAUAUUCGACAAGUACAAGCAGCUAGAGGAGUCUGAGGAGGCGGGGUUUUCCGAGGAGGCCGACGAGCAAGACCAGCGAGGCGAGUCCGAGGAGUAUGCAGAGUCCGAAGAGAUACCCAAUCACCCCAAGGCCUAUGAGCUCUACCAAUCCUAUGAGUCCCACAAGCCUCUCAAACCCCAUGCACCUUACGAGCCCCAUGCGCCCCGUGAGGUCCGCAAGCUCCGCGAGCCCCGAAAGCCCCAGGGGCCCCCUGUUUCCCGCGAGCCCCAUAAGUCUCAAGAAAUCGAGUUGCUUUCUAGAGCCGGCGUAAUGGUCUCCCCAUCUCUGCUGAUGAGACUCCCGCCACAGAUUCCGCCGUCUUCCCUGAGCGAUCCUGGUCCUUGCGACUUUGUAAGGAAACGUUCUUUUUCUAGGAAGAGAAUUCAAGAUCUUUCUAGGCCUAAGAAACAAUGGCGAGCCCCAGAUAGAAAACUGUUUUGGGGAAAUCAAGAUCCUAUUCGCCCUGUUUCCCGGAGUGCUUUGAAGGCUCAAAUGACCCAAAGAUUAGAGAAUCUUGCCCAGCCUAAGGAAGUCUCCCACCGAUAUGUACCUAACAGGGUUCAAUAUUAUUAUAGCUGCGGCAGAGAGUCUGUAAUCUGGGAGAUCCCCUCUCCUGCACUGUUUUGCCAACCUUCCAAAAGGAUCCAGAAGCUGGCACAGCCCAACAGAUCCAAGAAUGGGUACCUGAUAGACAGACCGUUCAGUGAUUACUUAAUAAGAGAUUCUCUUCAAUUCUCUGAUCCUUCUCCUCGGAUAUUACGACUCUCAAUAGCCAAAGCCACAAAUCCAAACUAUGUUCCUCCAAAAAGUGUAAGUGGGUCUAUGUGAAAGAAACAGUUCCUAUAGACUUUGUAACCUGAUUGUAACUAUAAUGUGCUUCCCUCUUAUUUCUAGGUGGGUAUUUUUCUUUUCUUCCUGUUUUUUUUCCCCUCUCAUCAAAUGAACUUUUCUGUCUUCCCUGUGCUACUAUGUAAGUCAGGAUUUGAUGUGAGAAGCAGAUUCACAAUGAAUAUUAUGUUUAAUUAACCUUAAGAAAUUAUGGGAGCUGAUGAGAAGUCUAUGGAAGACUGUCAUAGCAGCUGGGGCUUGGGUCUGGUCAUAAAUCUAGGAGAAAUAGAGAGAAGAGGCAAAUCAGCAGUUCCCUGGAAAAUGCUUCAGUGGCCAUUUCAGAUUCUUCAGUCUAGGAGAGUCUCACCUCUUCAGACAAGGGAGGAAGGCUCAGGAUACUCAAGGGUACCCAGCUUCACUGGAAUGUACCCUUAUGUUUCAACUCCAAUUUUCAAGGUCCAAUUCCUUCUCAAUCAUUGCCCUAACUUUAAUAUAGAAGACGAUAUAAGUUUGGGAAUUAAAUUUGCACUGAACUACACCUAUUCACAGAGGUAGAUUUUGAGUUUGGUUUUCAGUAUUUUCAGUCCUGUGACCAUAGGAGAUAAGGAUUUAUUUUGGGUUAGUCACAAAAACUUUUCCGGUCUCUUAACUACACCUUUGAGUGGGAAUUUAAAGCCCUGAGCUGAUAAUUAUUUUCUCAAUUUGUCCAGUGCACUUAGAGGCAAUAAACCAACCCCAUAUACUUCUUUAUUUCAUUAAAAAGAUUUCUGUCAGCAGCUGCUUGGUUACCCAAGUGUUGCUUUCUGUUUUGUCAGUGCAUGCCAUGGACUACCAGUGUCUUUUUUUUUUUGACCCCUGGCAAUAGGAUCAUUAAUAGCUUUAAAUCUAAUCUGCUCAGAGAACAAAUUCCAGAUAGUCUAGAACUAAUAUAGGUAUACUUCGGAGAUAUUUUGGGUUCAGUUCUAGACCACCCCAAUAACGCACAUAUUGCAAUAAGACA